CCUUUUGGGGCUCGUUACAGAUGGGACUUUGGGCACAGAGGGGGAGCAGGGACCUGCAGGGCAGCGUGCGCCUUCCUGUCCCCCAAAAUCCUCCCCAUGAAAAGCUGACACUGCAGCUUUCCUGGGGCAGCGUGCCGGGGCUUGCACACCCCGUCCCCCUGUGGUAGAUAAUGGGGGCGCUCUGUGGGGAGGGGGCUACUUUCUGGGGUUUGCAGCUUCAGGAGCACCAGCAACUCCGCUUUCCUGCUGGAGAAGCGUGAGUCAUUCCCCAGAGCCUGGCUUAAAGACCUUAACGCAGAGAACAAAAACCUCAUCCAUACAUUCGGACUCGGAGAUUUAAUAUUUUUUGGAAUAAUAUGUCUGGGGUUUCAGUCUCUUCUGUUCAGCUUCGUAUAGAUGCGGUGAAAAACCCUGCAGGGAGGUGCAGCCACUGGACACGGGGCUGAAAUGCUGGUGGGGGAUGUGGGGACCUGGCCCCUCAGCGCCCCCGGUUUUGGGUUUGAUUUGGCCGCUGGAGGCUCAGGGCUCAAGUGGAAACUGUGGCUCACGGGGCAGCGGCCGCACUCGUGCCACUGAUGAUAAAUGUGCUCGUGCAGACGGGGCACCUGCCUGCCGAGCUCUCUAGGCAUGUCACGGGGGAGAAAAAUAGCAAUGAUUGAAUCUAACCAAGGCGGCUACUGCUGCAUAGGAGUAAACAGGAAUUUUGCCUUUUUGGUUGCUUUAGGAAGGAGUUUGCAUGUGGUUCCUUGGUGCGCUCUGUCCCUCUGCUUGGGGUUUGGGUGUCUCUGCUGUGGAUGGGACUGAUCUGCUCCCUUUGGGAAGUGGGGAGGAUGGAGACCCCGGGUCCUGCCGGUGGAUGCCAGCGCGGGGGCUCAGUGGGCACCAGGCGCUACCGGAGCCGUAGGAAAUGGGACCACGAGCCGCUGCUGCUCCCCAUCCCAGCACCGCUGACCUUUGCGAUCCCACUCCGGAUGCUGUGAAGCAGGGGAUGUGGCAGCAUCCUGCCUGCAAACUGAUUAAAAAGGCUAAGUCCUCUUUUCUUGCUUGCAUUAGCACAAGAAUAAAUAGUGCAUAUUUUCACCCCUGGGAGCACAUCUCUGGUUUCACCCAGCUCCUGUUAGCAUUAACCCUGGGCUGAGGUGGCCAGGCAGGAAUGUCCCCACAGUGGGAAGAGCCUCUUGCCCCGGGACAUGUGGAGGAGCCUAAAAAGAGGAAUUUACUCCUGGGCAGCCAGUCCCCUCCCUGUGUGGAGCCAGGUACAAUGCAGCCCCUAAUCCCUGCACAUACCGUGGGGCCACAGCCCUUGUUUGGGGUCUGAUUCUCCAUCCUGAGCAGGUGGAGUCGGGGCCAAGAGCAUCCCCAGUGCUGGGCACCAUGUCCGUGCUGGGGGCUGGGGAACAAAUGGGCUGUUCCUAUGGGGGGCUCCCGCGGGACACCGGUGCUUUUUGGCAUUUUAGUGUCAUAGAAUCAUUUCAGUUGGGAGAGACCCUCAGGAUCAAGUCCAACCAUAAGUUAACCUCAUGAAUCCUGUUUGGGGGGAGGCAAAGCUGGUGUAAAGUCCUAUUUUUGGAAGAAGAUGGAUGGCUCUAAACUUCCCCUGCCUUUAAUGCUAAAAGACGCUUUGCAUCUUGAAGGAAAGCGCCUUGUCGGGUGAUCAGCGUGCAUGGGGCGCAGCUUCACGUGCUCCCCUUGCUCCCCACCCGCCGUGUCCCACGUCCCCACCAUGUCCACCGUGGCCACCACCACGAGGCCUUUCCCAUUCCUGGCCACCGCUAGUGGCCACUGCCGCCGUUGGCUGCCGGGAGCCCCGGCGCAGCCAGACAGUCCUCGCAGCAAGAUGGCUGCUCCCAUGCUCCCGUGAGCGCGGGGCGGCAGCCGCAGGCUUUGUUCCUGCAGCCACCGCGCUGGGGACACGGCAGCACCGGGGGGGACGGCAGCUCCAUGCGCCGAGCCGGGGGCGGGGGGUGCCCCACUGCUCCCCGCUUCCCAACCAGGUUUUUUUUAAUUUACGUUUUUUAUGGCUUUGCAUUGUUUGGCUGGGUUUGUUAAUUUUUUUAUUAUUAUUAUUAGAUAUUUUCUUUUUUUUCCUAUUUAAAAAGCCCCAAAUUUGGGAAAUUUGCAAGCUCCCCUCACUCCAAAGCUUAUGGCAGCUUUGAAAUGAGUGUCGGCAGGCGCUGGUGAAGAACAAGCACGGUAAAGCGGAGAACGCCUUUACCGUGGGCACGGACAACUUCCAGCGCCAUGCCCUGCUGCGGCACGUCACCUCGGGCGCGCACCGCCAGGCGCUGGCGGUCAACCGGGAGCAGCUGGCUUUCGAGACCCGCGUCCAUGGCCGCCCGGAGCUCCGCUCGGUCAUCAAGGUGGAGGUGAACCCGGCGAAGGUGGCCGUCCUCACCACCGUCUACUGGAUGGCAAAGGAGGAGAUCCCGGAUGAGAAGUGCUCCUCUCUGCUCGACUUCCAGAAGUUCAACCUCUGCCAGGCACUGCUGGCCCCCGAGCACAGCGAGUUUUACCACCCCAGCGGCAUCAGGGAGAUGCAGGCAGCGAUCGCCAAAGUCCUGCACAACGAAGACAGGCACAGGAUCAAAGCUUCGCCGUUCGUUGGGCUGGUGGUGGACGAGACGGUGGACGUCCUGGAGCACCGCAGCCUCGCCAUGUUCACCACCACCGUGUCCCCAUGCAAUGGGCAAACCUCGGCCACCUUCUUGGGGAGCUUUGAGCUGCCAGCCGGGGAGACCUCCACGGUGACGGGCAAGGUGGGCGAGGUGAUGCGCUCCUUCGGCAUCCCCACCAUGAAGAUCACCUGGCUCAGCGCUGACAGCACGUCACUGGUGGCUGAGCGGCUGAGCGGGGUGGGGACGGCGCUGACGUCCCUCUGCCCACUCCUGACGGAAAUGCACUGCCUGGCCCGCGGGAGCUCCUUGCUGCUGGCCGAGAGCAUCGUCAGCAUCGAGUAUCUCCAGAAAUAUGAGACCACCGUGGACACCGUGUACAGGCUCUACUCCAACUUCAGGGGGGAAAGCAAUGGCCUGCAUGAGUUGCGGAGUGUCCUGGACCUCUGUGAGAUAGACCUGGGGAGCUCCAAAGCCAUCCACUGGACUUCUAUUUUCCCAGCCGUGGAAGCCAUCGAUUCUUCAUGGCCCACGCUGGUGCUGCUGCUGGAGAGCGAGGCAGAGCGGUCGCCCGUGGCCCAUGGCCUCUGCGAAGAGCUCAAGAAAUUCCAGUUUGUGGCCUUCACCAAGAUCCUCCUGGACGUCCUCCCCAUCUUCCAGAAACUCAGCCGAUUCUUCCAGAUUGAGGACUUUGACCUCUCCAUCCUGAAGCCCAUCGUCUCUGCCACAGCCACCACUCUGCAGGCCCAGAAGAGCGCCAGCGGCCAGAACCUCCAGGAAUUCCUCAAUGAGAUGAAUGAGCACCCGCAGGAUGACCGGGAGGGCGAGAGCCGCUUCUACUAUAAGGGUGUUGAGUUGGCCAACUGCUCCAAGGUGCACCUGAAGCACUUUGAGCGCCUGAAGGAGAGCUACUUGGAGAGCGUGCGGGGCAACCUGCUGGACAGGUUCCCCAGCAGCGUCCUGGAGGCCAUCAGCUCCUUCUCGGCCAUCUUCAACCCCAAGUGCUACCCCCAGUCUUUGGAGGACAUUGGCAGCUAUGGGGUCAGCGAGCUGAAUUUUCUCCUGCAGGCUUAUUCCCGAGUGGUGGUGAGUGAGAGGGCCCUGAGCGAUUUCCCCCUCUUCAAGCGGAUCGUCUUCAGCCUCAGCCAGCUCUCCUUCAAGGACCUCUGCGUCAAGCUGGUCUACAGCAACUCCGAGAUGCACGAGCUCUUCCCGGACUUUGCUGUCCUCGCGGCCAUCGCCCUGGCCUUGCCGUUGGGCUCGGUCCUCACCGAGAAGAUCAGCCGGGGCCGGGAGCUGCUGAAGCGUGGCCGGUCGCACCGUGCAAAGGACGAGGGGCUGUCCGACCUCAUGAAGAUCGCCAUUGAUGGGCCGGCCAUCAAUGAGUUUGACUUUGCGUUGGCCAUCGAGUACUAUGAGAGCAUGAGAGAGUCCGGCUUCAUCGUGGCGCAGGUGAAGUGAGCAGCGGCUGGUGAAGACAGAGCCCUGCGGGCAGGGAGCCGGGUCCUGCGGGCAGCCCCGAGCGUCACCUCAAUGUCACCUUUCCCCAUCCUUGGUCACCACCAGGGCUGGGCAGCUGCUGGUGACCUUGCUCUGUGCUGGGGAGAAGAACCAGGAUCCUUCACAAAGCUGUGCUGAUCCCACAACCACCCUCCUUCAUCCCCCAAACAUCCAUUGGAAUUGGCUGGAAUUUAAAAUAUUGGGGCCACCCGAAAUCCCAAAUUGCAAUCAGGUGCUGUUUUUUGGUAUUUUAUUUCUUUUUUUCCAAGGGUUUAUUAUUUGGUUUUAGGGAGACGAAGGCCAACCUCCCAAGCUCAAAAAUCGCACCACCUUUGCACAACGAUACCCAGCAGCUCUGACUUAAUACUCUGCAAAACCAGCUGAUUUUGGUUGUUUUGGAGCCUCGGGUGAAUGCAGAAAAGGCAGCGCGUCCUUCUAGCUCCGCGGCACAGCCCGAAAUGCCUGGCGGUGUGGUGUUGGUGUUCCUUGCACACAGCACAAAACACUUUCAGCAGUGGCAUCAAGUCACGAUCGUUUCGAGGGCAAGAGAUUUCGAGGAUGACAUUGUAAUCGCUGAGGAAAUAGUGACUUUUAAAUGCAUCAUUGUGUAUAUAUGUGUAUGUGUAUAUAUAUAUAUAAACAUAUAUAUAAAUAUAUAUUUAAAAUA